AUGUACGAAAGAGACUCGCAGGCCAAUCCACCAAAGCAGCGCAUACUCGAGCCGAAUCCUGUGGCGGCUUCUGCACCACCGGACAUGAACUCGGCAGCCAUUUCUUUCGAAUCGAAGAUUGCCCUAGCCUUGGGUGGUUCGAGUUGGCAGCAACUGCAGGGUGACAGUGCUGUGGAGCCCACCAUUGCGGCCGAAGAUGGCGUUGACUCUGAUUCGGACGGUGGGGAUGCCAUUCUGGAAAUUCCUGAAGAAGAAGUGAUCGAUCCAGUCGUACUUGAGAAACGCAGGAAAAAAAUGGCGCGCUUCAACAGCACUAUUGCAAGAGAUGCAGGACAUGUUGUAGAGACAAUCGAAAAGACCGCACUCAUCCCGGUACCAGAGCCAGUAACAUGGGACGAGGAACCGGAGCUGUUGUGUUGCUACAACUGGCAGGCUGCGGAAGACGGUACCAAUACGAUAUUUGUUCCCGGCGAGCCAGCAAAAUGGCAACCGCCAAGCCUGCCGCACACUGUCGAAAGGGAUAGUGGCUGGGAUUCCAACGAUUACAACUACGCUCGCCAACCGAAAAAUCCGUACCUGCCGAUGUUCAAUGCCCUCCGGGUUAUGUCACCAAACACCACUUUCCACAACGUCGACGUUCUCGCAGAUCGCAACAAUCUCCGUGUGUUGUUGGAAUUUGCUCAGGGCAAGAACAACGCACCUCUCCGGCUCAAUCUGUAUCUAGUUUUCAACACACUCGUCAUCGUGCGCAGGGAGUCACGGUGGUGGAAACGUUCAGAUGGGCAUAGUUACGGGUUCAACUUCGAGCGAGCCUUCACCAAGAAAACUGAAGACAUGGAGGAUGCGACGAGUCACUAUCGAGCCAUACGAUAUGCAAUGGGCCCUCUCAACGUCGUUUGUCGCUUCGAAGCAGACGCAUACGACGACGGCAUCAUUCCCGACGAUCUCACACAGACCGAAGCAGCAGCGGUGAGCGGAAGCUCACACGUGAACCCUCCAAGGUUCAAUUACAACGCGCCAAUUCGGGUCCUGCAAAAAGGCCAUAUCGUACCUACAGCCCAGAUACUAGAGCUCAAAACUCAGGCUUAUAGCCCAUUGGCAUCAGGGUUGGUCGCAUGUCAAGAUCAGCUCUGGUUCGGUCGUACAUCGUUGCUUUACACCGCUCCCUACGAGAAAGGUACCGGUGUUGUAUCGAGGAUCAAGGAGGAAGUCGCAACUGUAAGGGUGAAGACAUGGGAGCAGAACCAGCAGGAACCGUUGAGGAAACUCGCUGCUCUGCUUAUACGCCUGAGAGAUGUGCUGAAGCGAGAGAAUCGGCCGAAUCGAGCUUUGAUUCUUGUGAGGGAAGAGAAAGGUGGGCCAAUCGUAUUGCGUACGAUGGAAGAACGAAGUUGGGCUGUGGACAGAGAGACACGUGAAACAUUCUGGCCGCUCCCUACUCAUGGCAAUCGAGGAAGGGGUGGUGGAAGGGGCAGGGGUGCUUACAACAGCGGACCUCGCGGUCGUGGGAAUUUCGCGCCAGCUCAAGGCCGAGGAGACUUUGCAGCUCCGCGCGGACGUGGCUACUUCACACCCGGUCAGGGUCGAGAGUCUGACUUUGCACCUUCUCGCGGACGGGGCCAAUUCGUACCUGGUCAUGGUCGAGGAGACUUUACACCUUCGCGCGGGCGCGGGCAGUUCACGUCUGGCAAGAGUCGAGGGGGUGAUUCCGCGAACUCACGUGGUCGCGGGUAUUACGCCCCACCUCAAGGUCGUGGCCAGCACCACGCCAACCUAGGAAAAAACUGA